AUGAAUAGCUGCCCGAAGUAUAUGAAAGCAUACGAAGCGGUAGUAAAAAUGGUUACACAUAGAUUCAAUUCCAAAGCAGUUCGUAAUUAUCAUCAACCCCAAGGUUUGAACAGAACUUUGAUAACUCGCAAUGUAGCCAGAGUUAGGGGUAUGGUUCCUUCAACGAGAGCAGGCGUAGGAUCAUAUAAGAGUUCAAGUAGCAAGUUAAUGAAUAAACUAGGUAGACGAAAAACAUGGAUGAAUGAAUUUCCACAUUUUUAUUCUUUGCAUAAGAUCGCAUAUUCCUCUAACGAUAAGUUAAAUGAGGAAAUCCGAGAAUAUUUGAAAAUAUUGGAAGCAGAUUAUCAUUCCAUCCAUGAAAAAAGUACAGAAUUACUGGAUAAGAAGCUAAAAGUUGUCGACGACGAAUGGGUUCAGAAAAUCGGGCGUAUUCCUGAAGCAUCAAAGGAUGACGAAGAGAAAAACCUAAGGAAGCAGUAUUUGGCAAAUGUAAAUGACGUGAAAAACGAACAUAUACCUAUGAUGAAUUGCCAACCUGGUAGUUCCCAGUUCACAUAUCUUUGUAACACAAUUAAGCUAUUAUCAUCUAACAAGACAAUUUGUUUUGCUAUUGAUGUAGAAGCUUUUGAAUUUGAUACAGACAUUGUUACGGAGAUUGGUAUUUCCAUAUAUGACCCGAGAGAGAACAUACAUUCUUUGACGCCGAUUAUCAGGAGCUAUCACCUAAUUGUUGCUGAGGCGUUACCAUUAAGAAACAAGAAAUUUGUAUGCGACUUUAAAGAUUGCUUUUUACUUGGAGAGAGUCUCGUGCUACCAUUGGAGCAGUGUGUGGAAUUCAUUCAAUCGUUGAUUAAUUUUUAUAUGAAAUGUGAGACAGAGCAAGAUUUAACCUGGGAAAGAGCGUUUGUCGGCCAUAGUAUAGCAGGGGAUAUUAGGUGGCUAAAGAAAAUUGGAGUUCAUAUACCUGAGCUGGAUAACGAACUUACCAAAGCGGCAGACCCAGUAGAGAGCAAAGGGGAUGAAAGGCACGCCAAGAUGCUUGACACAGGGAAAAUCUAUAGCAUAUGUUAUGGUAAGAAGGGUAGCAGUUUAGGUAAACUACUAAGACUAUUUCACAUGCCACACGCAUUUUUGCAUAACGCAGGUAACGAUGCAUAUUAUACGUUGCUCUUGAUACUAAAGUUAGGAGACUAUAACUUCAGAAGGCAAAUUGGUGCUGAUGAUUUGGAGACAAUGGGACAUAGAAUAAGAGAAUGGUUCAAACGUGAAAAGGAUGAACCCAAAGUUGUGCCAAUGUCGUACGUUCUUAGCGUGAUGAACGCGAACAAUAGCAAUUCUAAAGUUAUCGAUAAGGGAAGAAAGAAAACUAAGGAUCUUGUUCCACAGACUGAAUUUAGUGGAUCGCAGUGGUUUCAAAACGCCCGUGCAGCAUUCAAAAGUACGCUUGUGUGA